CCGGCACGUUACUUCCUGUCUUUUCGAGAACCGUGCGGUGAAGGAGACCACGUUGAAAUCAUCAGCAGUCACAUCAAAAUGGGUUUUGGAGAUCUUAAAAGCCGUGCUGGACAGCAAGCACUCGACACUUUUGUUUCAGACAAAAGUUACAUUGAAGGAUUCCAGCCCUCACAAGCUGAUGUUGUGGUGUUCUCGUCACUAUCCCAGGCUCCACCUGCUGACCUACCACACGCACUGAGAUGGUUCAGCCACAUCAAAUCAUACAGCGAUUCAGAGAGAAAAGGAUUUGGUGGUCAAAAGAAAGAUCUUGCAAAAUACGGACCUGCAGGAGAUUCCAAGGCUGCUGAUGAUGAUGAUGAUGACGAUGAUGUUGACCUGUUUGGUUCAGAUGACUCUGAGGAAGAAGCUGAAGCAGUUGCAUUAAAAGAAAAGAGAUUAGCAGAAUAUGCAGCAAAGAAAGCUAAAAAGCCAGCUGUGAUCGCAAAGAGUAAUAUAGUACUAGAUAUCAAACCCAUGGAUGACGAGACAGACAUGGCUGAUGUAGAAAAGAAAGUCCGUGAAAUCACCAAGGAUGGUCUUCUUUGGGGAGCAGCAAAAUUAGUUCCUGUUGCAUUUGGUAUCAAGAAAUUACAAAUUGCCAUGGUUGUGGAGGACGACAAGGUCAGUGUGGAUGACAUCACAGAAAAGAUCGAAGAGGACCUUGAAGAUUUUGUGCAGUCUGUGGAUAUUCACUUGUUCCAGAAGAUUUAGUGUUGACAAUGCUCCUACUUGGAGAUCUGGGACUAAAGUGCUCUUAAUUUGCAGAUAAUAAAACUGUGAAAAAAACAACAAACA